CUUGGCUUACAAGAGGAGGAAGAAGGGGGAAUUGGAUGUCGAUCGCGGCGGACGGGACUUACAGAGCGACCUGCCCCAGACGAGGGCCGACUUGAAUCCGAGGGAGGGAGGGAGAGCCGGGCCCCCGGCGUGAGAAAGAGAAAGAGAGUGGGCAGCGGGGGCGAAAGCGGAGACAGUCCGAGGAGAUGCAAUAGAAGAAGAUCGAGUGCUAGAGCUCCAGAUCGAUCCCAUCGCACAACAAAUCUAUAAGCACCAGCACCAAAAGAUCAUUGCAAUAAGUUGCUGUUGUUGUAGUCGUCAUCGUCUUCUUUGUUGCUGCUUGCGGAGAGGCGUGCGGGCGGGAGUGGAGGAGCAGAACAGAGCAGAGCAAGUGCAAAGAGCUCGGCGCGAGAUUGAUUCCUCGGUUCUAGGUAUUUGGGUCUCAAGAUGGCGGCUGUUACAGUAGCAAGUCACUCUGAACAGCCGGAAUCGCCAGGUUUAAGUCGUGUAACUCCGGAUCAUCGGACUCCUACUGCUGCAACUCAGAAAAGAGGCCGGGACGACGAUGCCGGGUCUGGUGGUGAGAAGAAGUGGGCGGGGUGGCCUGGAGACAACGUCUUCCGCCUCGUGGUUCCUGUGCAAAAAGUUGGUGGUAUUAUCGGUCGUAAGGGUGAAUUUGUAAAGAAAAUGUGUGAGGAGACCCGUGCCCGGAUCAAGAUUCUUGAGGGAGUGCCUGGGACCUCAGAACGCAUUGUGCUGGUGUCAGCGAGGGAGGAUCCAGAUCUUGCUGUCUCACCUGCUAUGGAUGGGCUUCUUAGAGUUCAUAGACGUGUAGUAGAAGGUUCUGAUCCAGAAGGUGAAGAUGGACAUUCGGAGCCCAGAGCGGGUGGAGGCACCAUAGCUUCACGAUUACUAGUAGCAGCGACACAAGCAGGUAGCCUUAUUGGGCGUCAAGGAGCUACUAUCAAGUCUAUCCAGGAUGCAUCUGGUGCGACUGUGCGUGUCCUCCCUCCAGAGGAGCUUCCCUUGUGUGCACUGUCAGAUGAUCGAGUGGUGGAGAUUCAGGGUGAGGCGCGCAACGUUCACAGGGCAAUGGAGCUGGUCGUUUCUCAUUUGAGGAAGUUUUUGGUCGAUCGAAGCGUCCUAGCAUUAUUUGAACUCAACCGAGCAGUUACAGCCAAUCAAUCGCAACAGCAGCCUAGUGCAGGUUCUUGGGCCGGGCAUUCACCUGCCAAUGCUCUACCCAGCAACGCGGGAGGACCUGGACCAAUGGGCAACAGCAGUCACUACGGAGGAGCCUCAGUACCUAAUGACAACUUGAACUAUUAUCAAAGUCCGCCUGAAAUACAUCAUCAUGAUACACAUCACCAUCAUCAUGGUGUUUCUUUGUACGGCCGGGAUCCAAGUAUCGGAUCACUUACCAGUUCUGUCUCUGCACCCCCUCCUGCUCCGGUGAUUACCCAGGCUGACUUUGUGCAGAUGACGCAGCACAUGCAAAUUCCCCUGUCAUACGCUGAUGCGAUUAUUGGCGCAGCUGGUGCGAACAUUAGUUACAUGCGUAGAAACAGUGGUGCCACAAUAACUAUACAGGAAACUCGUGGUGUGCCGGGAGAAAUGACGGUGGAGAUUCACGGUAGUGCAGCGCAAGUGCAGACUGCACAGCAACUUAUCCAGAAUUUCAUGGCAGGUGCAACCGGAGCACCAGCAUCAACCUAUAACUCAGUAGAUACAAGCUACUCAUCAUAUGCGAACCAAAACUCUUUGUACUCGUCAGCACCUAGUAACUCAGGACACGCGACAACAGCAGCUUUCACAACACAUUUCAACAGCAAUACAUAUGGGGGCUAUUGAUAUAAUCCAGGUGCGCUGUGAAGUUUUGCAUUGUGCCCGUCCCUUUUAUGAGGAUUUGGCCUCUCGCAUCCAUUUUGUAAUGCCAAUUAAUGAAUGUGCUAUCAGGGACACUUGACAGAGAGGUUUAAAAGAAGUUCUUUGUGAACAGGGCGCCCUGUAUUUAAACAUAGUCAAAAGCCCAAAAAAGAAAUUUAUUUGGCAGUUCUCUAAAGUUGCACUCAGCCAUGUUCGUCGCACAAGACUCGGCCUUUCACUUGUAUCUCUACCCAAGUUCUGACAUGGGUGGGCCACUGCACUGCUGUGGCCCUAAUACUCCUCGUCAACGUGUAUCAUCAGAAGAUCAUGUCCUGAUUUCAGUUUUGUCAACCAAAAUAGAUAUGGGGUGAAGCACCCUCGCGGUAACCAAACGGGGUACGAUAGCGUAGGCAUCCCAGGAUAGAGUUGCUAAGUUCCUCGUUAAAUUAGGAUUGUUGUUAAAGAUGCUAUUCCUGGAUUAUGUCAUUGAUGGUAUAAAGUGCUCUUAAUUUAUUCUGCGAUGGAGUAUGACUGUGAUAUCAUUUUGUCCCCAAGUUCAGAGGUCACUUUUACGCAUUGAUGUGUAUGGGGUAAGAACCAGAAAACUUAUGCUUGUACUUGAGAUCUGCCCAUUGAAUUUGUAGUAACUUACCUAAAAAUCAUGACAGACAUAUCGGAGUGGGAAGUGUUUGCGAGGAAAUGCUCCACAUACUACACGGACAUCAAGAUCAUUCCAUUUCUCAGUGUUUGGAACUGCAGUCAGAUAAUCCACGUCCUGGGAGCGCCCUCAAUCAUUUCUUUGUCUUCUAAGUUAUGUGUGCAUUGUGCAUGUGUGUAGUAACAUGCGUGGAGUGGUGAUGGACCACGAGAUGGUUAACAAGCAACAAAGUUGUUAAUGUCGAGCAAAUACGUGUCAUGAGUCACCUAUUUGCGUCAAGAUGGAUUGGUUCUGAACCAGCUAUUACACGUGUUAGGCGUUCGACACGAGUCUCGUCUGAUCUUCAUAUACGAAAUAAUCAUCUACAGCUUGGUUUCAAGUGUCGGAAUCCAGGUUUAUUAUCGAUGAUAUGACUCGAACAAUGUAAUCUGGGGAAAUGCGUGAGCUCAUGUCUCGAGCGAGCAGAAUGUCGGUAAGGUUAGAAACGGAAAAGUCAUGACUAACACAACGGAAUAGGAACUAGUUGCAGAAGAUGUAGAGGGUAAAGUAAGGGCUGAACAUUGUUAACGUACAGCCUUAAUGUAAUUAUAGUU